AGACACACACCAGUGGCGACAAGGGAGAGUUGGAAAAACGCAGGAGAGGAGGAGGAGGCAGGAGACAGCAGGGAUGGAGCAAUGGGAGCGGGAGCAGACAGGAUCCCUCACAGAUCCCCCUCCGGCCUCAAGCUGCCUUGCACGCCCCGGCAGGAGAGCGAGGAGCCGGGCGAGCAGAUGGAGUGGAGCUCGCUCUAGGCAGCUGGCUUGGCCGGAGACUGGAGGAGCCGCCAAGCGACCGGCUGAUUGGAAGAGAAACGCAGAGCGAUGGAGGCGGGGGUAGGAGGACGAUUUCUCUGCGGGGACUGGCGGCGGCGUACACGCCCGGGUCGGGCGCUGCAGAGCUUGGCUAGCUUUCAACCCGCGCUCGGCGGCUCCAGCCCCGCGCACCCCCGCCCCCAGCCCUGCCGGCGGCCCCGCAGGGUGAGGUGGCUUUGACCCCGGGUUUGCCCGGCCAGCGAGACCGAGGAGGUGGCUGGACAGCUGGAGAAUGAACGGAGAAGCGGACUGUCCCACAGACCUGGAAAUGGCCGCCCCCAAAGGCCAAGACCGUUGGUCCCAGGAAGAUAUGCUAACUUUGCUGGAAUGCAUGAAGAACAACCUUCCAUCCAACGACAGCUCCAAGUUCAAAACCACAGAGUCGCAUAUGGACUGGGAAAAAGUUGCAUUCAAGGAUUUUUCAGGAGAUAUGUGCAAGCUCAAAUGGGUGGAGAUUUCUAAUGAGGUAAGGAAGUUCCGGACAUUGACCGAAUUGAUCCUCGAUGCCCAGGAGCAUGUCAAAAACCCUUACAAAGGCAAAAAACUCAAGAAACACCCGGAUUUUCCAAAGAAGCCUCUCACCCCUUACUUCCGCUUCUUCAUGGAGAAGCGGGCCAAGUAUGCGAAACUCCACCCUGAGAUGAGCAACCUGGACCUGACUAAAAUCCUGUCUAAGAAAUACAAGGAACUUCCAGAGAAGAAGAAGAUGAAAUAUAUUCAGGACUUCCAGAGGGAGAAACAGGAGUUCGAGCGAAACCUGGCCCGAUUCAGGGAGGAUCACCCUGACCUUAUCCAGAAUGCCAAGAAGUCGGACAUCCCCGAGAAGCCCAAAACUCCCCAGCAACUGUGGUAUACCCAUGAGAAGAAGGUGUAUCUCAAAGUGCGGCCGGAUGCCACUACGAAGGAGGUGAAGGACUCCCUGGGGAAGCAGUGGUCUCAGCUCUCGGACAAAAAGAGGCUGAAAUGGAUUCAUAAGGCCCUGGAGCAGCGGAAGGAGUACGAGGAGAUUAUGCGUGAUUAUAUCCAGAAGCACCCCGAGCUAAACAUCAGUGAGGAAGGUAUCACCAAGUCCACCCUCACCAAGGCCGAACGCCAGCUCAAGGACAAGUUUGAUGGACGACCCACCAAGCCACCUCCGAACAGCUACUCCCUGUACUGUGCAGAGCUCAUGGCCAACAUGAAGGAUGUGCCCAGCACAGAACGUAUGGUGCUAUGCAGCCAGCAGUGGAAGCUGCUCUCCCAGAAGGAAAAGGAUGCUUAUCACAAGAAGUGUGACCAGAAAAAGAAAGAUUAUGAGGUAGAGCUGCUGCGGUUCCUUGAGAGCUUGCCCGAGGAGGAGCAGCAGCGGGUCCUGGGGGAGGAGAAGAUGCUGAAUAUCAAUAAGAAGCAGACCACCAGUCCAGCCUCCAAGAAGCCUUCACAGGAAGGUGGCAAGGGUGGCUCUGAGAAGCCCAAGCGGCCUGUGUCUGCCAUGUUCAUCUUCUCAGAGGAGAAGAGAAGGCAGCUACAGGAGGAACGACCUGAGCUCUCAGAAAGCGAGCUGACCCGUUUGCUGGCCCGCAUGUGGAACGACUUGUCGGAGAAGAAGAAGGCUAAAUAUAAGGCCCGGGAGGCUGCGCUAAAGGCUCAGUCUGAGAGGAAGCCAGGCGGGGAGCGUGAAGAUAGGGGCAAGCUGCCUGAGUCGCCCAAGAGAGCUGAGGAAAUCUGGCAGCAGAGUGUCAUCGGAGACUAUCUAGCCCGCUUCAAGAAUGACCGGGUGAAAGCCUUGAAAGCCAUGGAGAUGACUUGGAACAACAUGGAGAAGAAGGAGAAGCUGAUGUGGAUUAAGAAGGCAGCAGAAGACCAAAAACGAUAUGAGAGAGAGUUAAGUGAGAUGCGGGCCCCUCCAGCUGCUACAAACUCUUCCAAGAAGAUGAAGUUCCAGGGGGAGCCCAAGAAACCUCCUAUGAACGGUUACCAGAAGUUCUCUCAGGAGCUGCUGUCUAAUGGGGAGCUAAAUCACCUGCCGCUCAAGGAGCGCAUGGUAGAGAUUGGUAGCCGCUGGCAGCGCAUCUCCCAGAGCCAGAAGGAGCAUUAUAAGAAGCUGGCCGAGGAGCAGCAGAGGCAGUACAAGGUGCACCUGGACCUCUGGGUCAAGAGCCUGUCUCCUCAGGACCGAGCAGCGUACAAAGAAUAUAUCUCCAAUAAACGUAAAAACAUGACUAAGCUUCGAGGCCCAAAUCCCAAGUCUAGCCGGACCACCCUGCAGUCUAAGUCGGAGUCCGAGGAGGACGACGACGAGGAAGAUGAGGAUGAUGAUGACGAGGAGGAAGAGGAAGACGAUGACAACGGCGACUCGUCUGAGGAUGGCGGGGACUCUUCUGAGUCGAGCAGUGAAGAUGAAAGCGAGGAUGGGGAUGAGAAUGAUGAUGAUGACGAUGAUGAAGAUGACGACGAGGAUGAUGAUGAGGAUGAAGACAAUGAGUCUGAGGGCAGUAGCUCCAGCUCUUCAUCUUCAGGGGACUCCUCAGAUUCUGACUCCAACUGAGGCUCAGCCUCCACCCCAGGCAGGCAGGCAGCCAAGGAGAGCCACGGCAGAGCUCACCUCCCCAACUGACAACCUUGUCUCUCCCUAUGUUCUGUCCCCUGUACUCCCCAUACUCCCCCACUUACUUCCUUUCCUUUUUAAAAAAAAAACAAAAACAAAAACAAAUCAGUGGGGGGUAGGAGGUUGCUGGAGCCCAGGCUAGGACUCUGCAGCCUUGGAGCCUCAGCUUCAGGGGUUCUCCAGGGACAGCAACCAUCAGACUGAGCCAGCGCUGGACCGGCCCGCCCGGCCCCUCUUCUGCACUUGCGGUUCCGGCAUGGACAAUGGACCGGGGUGUUUGGGGGUGGGAGCGUGUCCUAAAGAGUUUGGUGAGGCCCUCCGCCUGCAGCAAGGUGGAUGUUUGGGGGGGGGGGGCCUUUCCUUCCAAGAUGGGCUUGCCACCUGAACCCCUAAAUUGAACUGGAGGGAGAGAAGGGUGCUGCCUUCAAGAAAGCAGGCAGUGUCCCUGUCCCUCUUCCCUGCCCCUGCAGGAAGGAGCUGCCUGGACCCGUUCAUGGGGGAGGGGCAGAGUGUUUUUUAUAUAUGUGUAUAUAUUUUUUUUUUAAGCUCUGAGCUGUCAACGAGACGUUUCCUACCGAUCUCGGCUGCCGUCUCUGUUGUCAUUUCUGGGAGUGGGAGGGCUUGGGGUGGGGUGGAUUGAGACUUAAAAAAUGGUCUUGAUAUGCAUAGAAUGUGAUGAGGCUGUGUGUGUGUGUGUGUGUGUGUGUGUGUGUGUGUGUGUGUGUGUGUGUGAAAGAGAAAGCGCGAUACAUACAGCAUGGCUGCACCUGUGGAUGAGAGAGAGUGUGUGGCUGUCUGCCUGUGUGUCUAGGGAGCUAUCCUAGAACCCACCUCUUUGAAUCUGGAAAAGGGGUCGGUAAAGGCCUGGGAGAUGGUGUCCCUAGCAGGAACAAACCAAGCCUGCCCCUCCCUGCAAUCUUCCACUGUGCCUGCCCUCUGGGUCCACUGUGGAGGGCACAGAAACCACCUGAUGCUUCCUAUACUAGUUUGCCUCUGCCGAGGCCAUGUACCCCUGAGCUGCUGCAGGUCUGUGCUGUCCAGCAGGAAAGUAGGAGGGGCAAACCAUGGCAUGAGCCUUAAAGCUUUUCUCUGGUCCCCUGGGUGGGCUUUAGGAAGUGUCCUGAGAUUCUUUUACCUACAUGUUUCCUGCCUUGCCCGAUAGAUAUCCUCUGGCUAGCCCCAUUUCCUUUGAUUUCUCAGGUCUGCUCCACCUCUCCUGCCUCCACCUCUGCCUGUAUUUGGGGAAGAGGCUGCAGAAGGUGCUUUCUGCAACUGGUCCUCUAUCUAACCCCUUGCCAGCAACUUCAGACCUUCUGGGGUCAGUCCCUUGACUUUAUAAGCCAAGUCACCUUACCUGUGGUGAUUUUCAUUUUUAUUAUAUUGGCCAGAAUUUUUGUUCAUCUUACUGGGUUUUAUGCUGCCCCAUCUUUUGCCUCUUUAAUCAAAACCAGGGCUGGGAAGUAGGCUCUUCACAGAAAGUAGGCUGCAGCCCAGCUGCCAGUCCCUCUUGAAGGCAAAGACAUUUAUUUGCCUGGACUGUGUGGAUUUCUAAAGAGAAGAUUCUCUCUCCCACCCUCAUCCCCCACCCCCCACACCCCCACCGUCCUUAUUCUAAAGUUUAGUGCCAGGGUUUUAAGUUCCGAGAGGGCUUGCAGAGAAGCCCAUCUCCUUGUUUGAACACCCUGGGCUGUUACACUUGAGUGAAAUGUGUUUUCACUUUGAACAACUUUGAACACGACAUGUGUUCCUCCCAUUGCAAGUAUUGGAACAUUCUUACAGACAGGGCUGCGGGGGUAGGGGUGUUGGUGCUGUCAGAGGUUGCCCAGGGUAUAUUUUAGCACUUGGGACCCUUCUCCUUUUUCUAAUAUUUAAGGAGUAUUUUGUAGGUUUCAACAACCACCACACUUGAAUUUGUACCGGGGGAGCAGCUUAGACAUGUCUGUCCCAGAUUAAGGCCCACUGUGGAAGUUUUGUUUCCCCUUUUUUUGUAUAAUAAAGUGAAAAACAAA